AUGUUUCUAAAGUAAAAGUAUGGAAGUAAAAUCAGGUAAAUGUACUUUAAAAAUAUCAGCUUUUGUUUAUAUUUAUUUUAAGACGUGCAUAUUUUUGGUUAUAGUUCUGAUUCUCUGAUCUUGAUUGGCAGCUCACACCGUUUAAUUAACAAAGCGAAGGAGGACAGGAGCCGGAGAAAAAACACAUUUUACCACCUCGGCUCAUCGGAUUUCAUUUAAGAAUCCAUCAGUAUUGUUUAUUUAUUCACACACAUGUUCUUCAGCCUACAGCGUGUUGUAGCAUCACAGAUAAUAUUUUACUUCUAGGAUUUUUCAGUUUAAUUAUUAUUUUCAGACAGUGAAUGCAGAACACUGGAUCGACAACAAAGGUUUGUUAAACCGACUAACUCUGGAAACAGAGCAGCUGCUACGUGCUGAAGGAAACAUGUCCUGAGUUAUUAUUAUUCCUCAUGCAUUCAUGUAAAGCUCAUUUUUGAAGUUACACAGAGCCCAAAGCACCUUCACAACACUUUGUCUAACCAACAGUCCAAAACUCGAUUUUAAAUAAUUCAAAGGAAAAGCAGCAAAUCUUCACGUUUGUGAACCGUGAAAUGUUUUAACAUGAAAAUGUCUCAAACAAUUUCAUUCAGUUUAUUUUGUGAAGUAAAAAGUACAAUAUCUCACUCUGAGGUGGAGCAGAAAGAGAAAAUACUCAAGUAAAGCGGGACGCUACACACACACUCAGGCUUUAAUCACCGACUAACGUCUGUCUGUCUAACGUCUUUUGCGUUUUAAAUAAAAUGUCUCACAAACAAAUUAAAUAUUGGUUAUGUACGUUUCUUCUGCACUUUUAACUUUAACUCUGAACAUCAGGAGGAACUGAGAGAGGAGGCUGACGGUUCCUGCCGGACGCAGAUUCGGUGGCACCGCAGCGUCCGACAGCAAAACACAACCGACCACAGAGUUUGUGAAUGAGCAACGAGACUCCUGUUAACGUGCUAACGUGCUAACAAGCUAACAGAGCCAUUAGAAAAGAAGCCAGUGAGCUAGCAUGCUAACAGUUAGCAGCGCCUCUCUUUAGCUUCCAGCAGCAGGAACAUCAACACAGUCCGGAUCCACCAGAGGACAAAAACAUCUCCGACCCGGUCUGAGCGGGUCCCGGCAGCAUGCAGGCGGAAUUUCGGGCUCCCCAGAGACGCACCCGGGUUCGGGAGGAGUACGAGGCUCCGCUGCCGGUGAGCCGCAGCCCGGAGGAGAGGAGCGACUUCAGGGCGGAGCUCAUCAACCAACACGUACUGGUCUGUCAUCCAGACCACAUUCAGAAGAUCCACAACCAGGGUUACUUUGGUAAAGGCGUCCUGUCCAGAGCCAGACCAGAUUACAGCAUCUCUGACCAAUGGGAGGAACACGAAGGUGUGUUGCUACCUGUCGUCUCACAGUCCAGGUAUGAUGAGCUCCUCAGGUGGGCGGGGUCAAUGCUCUCUGCUCAGGGAUUGGAUGACGAGGCCGUUAAUCAAACCCUGCUCAGACUGUCUCAGCCAGUAGAGAUGGAGGAUGUCCGGAGGGAAGGGGGAGGAGGGGAGAACGGAAAGAAGGGGGAGGGGCCAGGACCAGAGGGCGGAGUCUGCCCCCCCUCACAGGUGAACAGGAGCUGCAGGCUGGGCCCAGAAGACCUGAACCCUGACCACGACCCUGAUCUCAGCUCAGACCAGGACUCUGACUCCAACCCUGACCAGGACUCUGACCCCAGCUCUGACCCCGACUGUGACCCCAGCUCUGAUUCUGAACCAGGUCCUUUGGUUCCAGGUCCUGGUUUUGUCCUGGUGGUCCCUGACAGUGAGGUGUGUGUGCGGGUCAGGGAGGUCCGGCGGUCUCCGGUCUCUGUCCUAGAGUACCUGCAGCUCAGUCUGGAGGAGGCCUUCUUCCUGGUCUACAGUCUGGGCUGCCUGUCUGUCUACCUGCACCAGGAGCCGCUGUCAAUCAUCCAGCUGUGGAGGAAGUUCCGGUCCAUGCGGCCAGACUUCGUCAGCUCGUUCGCAGCCUAUCAGCACUGUCGAAGCAGGGGGUGGGUCCCUAAAGGAGGGGGCGGGGCAAAGUAUGGCGUCGACUUCAUGCUGUACAGGAAGGGCCCACCUUUCUACCACGCCAGUUAUUCUGUGGUGAUUGAGCGUGUUGAUGAAGUGUUCAGGGGCUCGCCGUUGCGUCCGUUUUCGUGGCGUUCUCUUGCGGCGCUCAGCAGGAUCACCUCCAACGUGUCGAAGGAGCUGAUGCUGUGUUACAUCAUCUAUCCAGCCGACCUAUCAGACGCAGAGCUGGACUCACCUGUCUGUCUGAGCAGACUGAAGGUUCAGGAAGUGAUCGUCAGCAGGUGGGUUUCCUCCAGAGAACGAGCCGAGCAGGACGACAUCUGAUUGGCCGAUGGCACACCUCAGCGACUGAUGACAUCAGCCAAAACACUUCCCACUCGAGACUCAGAAACCAGGAAACAUGACAAGUGUGUUUGAACGCAGCAGAUUUCGCACCAGCAGCUUCAGUUCCUGCACUUCAGCAGCAUCGGUCGCCUCCCUGAUACUCGUCAGCUGGUCAGGAUGUUAGAGCCGUUUGUUUCUAAUGUUUGAAACGUGACGGCGUUCCAGAGUCAAACUGCAGACGCAACGCGUUCACCUGUCUUCAUACGUUCACCGAGGCUCAUCAGCUAGCUGGUUAGUUAGUGAUAACAGAAACAACAUCUUGAUCUUGAUCUUUAAAGAGCGCGUGUCGUUUCAUAGUUUACAGAUAAACUGGUUCAGUCUGAGUCUGUUUACAUGUUUACAGUCGGUCCGUUAAAGCAGCUGCAUCAGCUGUUAGCAUGGAUGUACAUGCGCCUGGAGAAUGACCUCUAGGAAAGAGUGAACCCUGAGGCAGCGCUCGCUGGAUUUAGAAAGGCAGUACAGAUCAGGGGUCUCAGCAUGUGUAAAAAUAAAAUAUUUUGCUUAUAUGAUCAGAUUAUUGAUUCCAAAUAAAGUUAUUUUGUUCUCCGUC